AGCGUCUGCGCGGCUGCAGCUGCUCUCACCCGGGCCGGACGGAGCGGGCAGCGGGCACCAUGGAGCCCCCCUCGGCCUCGCCCCGAGCAGGGCGCGGCCCCUGGCAGGAGCUCCUGCUGGCAGUCUCACUCUUAAUCUCCUGGAACCCGCCCACCACUGCCCAAGUCACUGUGGAGUCCGUGCCUCCCAAUGCUGCUGAAGGGAAGGACGCUCUUCUGCGGGUCCUCAAUCUGCCUGGGGAUACAGCAGGCCUUACCUGGUUCAGAGGGGAAAUUGUAGCACCUGUCCAUCAAAUUCUAUUAUAUGUAGUAGACACACGAGUAAUUACCCUGGGGCCUGCACACAGUGGCAGAGAGAUAAUAUACCCCAAUGGAUCCCUGCUGUUCCAGAACAUCACCCUGAACGACACAGGAUCCUACAUCUUACAAAUCAUAAACAGAAAAUUUGAAACUGCACUAGUACGUGGACAGCUCCGAGUAUUCCAUGAAAGAAGCACCAUAGGCCUCCCUGUGGGGUCCAUCAUUGGCAUUGCACUCGUGGUCCUGAUUGGAGUAGCACUUGUGGCCACACUGGGGUAUCUCCUGAUCUGCACAAGGACUGGAAGGACCAGUGGCUGGUGUAAUCUCAGAGAGUUCGGGGGCCCAGCAUCCACCCCUUGCCAUGCUCCAGCCAGCAGCUCCAUAUCCCCGGAUUCCCUGCCCAACCCCACAGCAGAAGUUCCUAUCUACCAGGUGAGUGUGGGCAAUGGUAGUUUGGGUCCCCAUAGCUUUAUGGGCCAGAGGAUCUGCCCCCAGCCUACCACAGGCUGUGCUCUCAGAUUCAGGAAACAGCAGAACAAAGGGAAACAAGAGGUAGUAGGAGGUAUAAGGGGCCUGGAAAAGAAACCAGCCACAGAGCCCAGCUCUCAGAGUUGCUGCCCGGGUGGUCCUAGAUUCUGA